GCCCGGGCCCCGCCGAAACCGUGGUGCUCCCGCACCAGCGCGGGAGGACUCGAUCCAAACUCCUUGAACUUCCGGGACGGUCCCCGAACCGGUGAAACUCGGGGUGACCAGCCCUGUUCAGGGACCCCCUCCCUUUACCUCCCCGACCCCAGGCGGCACUAGUGCACGCCUUUCCUCCUCGAGCCCCCCUGCGGUCACGUGCCUGGCCCCCGAGGACCUCCGGGAUCCCGGGAGGAGCUGACGGUCCCCAGCUCGGGGCCAGGCCACGAUGCUCAUGAGGAAAGUGUCGGGCUUCGUCCCGGCCUCGCCGUGGGGGCUGCGGCUGCCGCAGAAGUUCGUCUUCCUGCUGUUCCUCUCGGGCCUCGUCACCCUGUGCUUCGGGGCCCUCUUCUUGCUGCCCCACUCCUCUCGCCUCAAGCGCCUCUUCUUGGUCCCCCGGACCCAGCAGCCCGGCGUGGAGGUGAUGGCCGAAAUCACUGGCCACCAGCCAGCCCAGGAGCAGGAGUCACCUCCCAACCCGGCCCCCGCGGCGCCGGCCCCGGGUGAGAACAACCCCAGGAGCCAGGCCGGUCCCCGCCGUAGGAAAGGGUGGCUGCGGCGCACGGGCCCCACCGUACACCGAAAUGAGGUCCAGGGAGAAGACACUUUUGACUUCAAUGCAUUCCGGAGCCGUCUUCGCCACCCGGUCUUGGGGACAAGGACUGAUGAGAGUAAGGAGACCCAGAGCCUAGUGCGAGCCCAGCGGGAGAAAAUCAAGGAGAUGAUGCAGUUCUCCUGGCAAAACUACCUGCGCUACGCGAUGGGCAGGAACGAGCUCCGCCCACUCACCAAGGACGGCUACGAUGGCAACAUUUUCGGUGGUCUCACCGGGGCGACCAUCAUUGAUUCUCUCGACACCCUCUACCUCAUGGAGCUGAAUGAAGAGUUUCAGGAGGCCAAGACCUGGGUGAAAGAGAGCUUCCAUUUGAACGUGAGCGGCGAAGCCUCCUUGUUUGAGGUGAACAUCCGCUACAUCGGAGGACUCCUCUCGGCCUUCUACCUGACAGGAGAAGAGGUGUUCCGAGUAAAGGCCAUCAAGCUGGGGGAGAAGCUCCUGCCGGCCUUUAACACCCCCACAGGCAUCCCGAAAGGCAUCGUGAACUUCAAAAGCGGAAGCUGGGGCUGGGCCACCGCCGGCAGCAGCAGUGUCCUGGCGGAGUUUGGGUCCCUGCACUUGGAGUUCCUACACCUCACCCAGCUCUCUGGCAACCAGGUCUUCGCAGAAAAGGUCAGGAACAUCCGCAAGUUCCUCAAGAAUAUUGACAAACCCUUCGGCCUCUACCCCAACUUCCUCAGCCCAGUGAGUGGGAACUGGGUACAACACCACGUCUCAGUUGGAGGACUCGGAGACAGUUUUUAUGAAUAUUUGAUCAAAUCCUGGCUGAUGUCUGCCAAGACGGAUAUGGAGGCUAAAACCAUGUACUAUGAAGCCUUGGAGGCCAUAGAGACAUACUUGGUGAACGUCUCUCCCGAGGGCCUGACCUACAUUGCCGAGUGGCGAGGUGGGAUCUUGGACCACAAGAUGGGGCACCUGGCCUGCUUCUCAGGGGGCAUGAUCUCCCUCGGCGCUGAAGAUGCCAAGGAAGAAAAUAGGGCCCACUACAGAGAGCUCGCAGCCCAGAUCACCAGGACAUGCCAUGAGUCUUACGCCCGCUCAGACACCAAGCUGGGGCCUGAAGCCUUCUGGUUCAACUCCGGCAGAGAGGCAAUGGCCACACAGCUGAGCGAGAGCUACUACAUUCUGCGGCCCGAGGUGGUGGAGAGCUACAUGUACCUGUGGCGGCAGACGCACGACCCCAUCUACAGGGAGUGGGGCUGGGAGGUAGUAAUGGCCCUGGAGAAAUACUGCCGGACGGAAGCUGGCUUCUCGGGCCUUGAGGACGUGUACAGCGUCACCCCCACUUACGACAACAGGCAGCAGAGUUUCUUCCUGGCCGAGACGCUGAAAUACCUCUAUCUUCUGUUCUCUGAAGAUGACGUGCUCUCACUAGAGGACUGGGUGUUCAACACCGAGGCCCACCCUCUGCCUGUGAACCACUUGGACAGCUUGGCCAAGACCAGGAACUACCAGUGACCACUGUCCCGCACCUGUGUCUCAGGGAUGCCUCACUUUCUUGGGAUCCUGGACUCUCUCAGAGACCCUGGGGACAGAGGUCCGUCCUGGGCAGACCCUGGACUGAUGUGUCGGGCAGGCAACUUCUUUUCCUCUGUGAGGAGACAGGACCUGGAGAUGCAGUGACGCCAGGCACAGGCCGCAGCUCCCUGCGUCCAGACAUUCCUUCCUAUGGACAGUUUCAAGGACCUCGCUGAACCCACACUUGCCACGCAGGGCCAAAGGACUGAGGUUUGCACAUCUACCCACACGUUUAAGUCGCUGCCUUUUGGUUGGGGUUAUUUUCUCUCUCUCUCUCUCUCUC